UAGCUUGCUGGGUUGAAUUUCAGCGAUUUGUGCAAUCCGGAUAGUCCGCACGCAUUCCCACCCACAAUCGGCCCAGCAUGGACCAUCCACGCCCCUGCGGUUGCAAAGGUCGCCGGACCUGUCUGCAGUGCGAGAAGGACUUUGCGAUCGAACGAAUCGACUACCGGGACGUGUUUCAGACCUGCAAAGCGUACUCGUACUGCCCGCACUGCAACCGAAUCUACCCCGGAUGGGACACGGACCGUGUGAUGGAAGCGCAUGCGGGUGGUCACGACGGCCACCCGGGUGAGGAAUAUCCCGGAGUGUUGGUCGCGUUGGACUGGGUGAGCGAGGACGAGGAACGGGCGCUGAUGAAGGGAAUCGACGAAAUGCCCUGGGACGGGUCGCAGAGUGGCCGGCGGAAGCAGAACUUUGGACCGAAGACGAAUUUUAAAAAGAACAAACUUCAGCUCGGCCAGUUCCGUGGCUUUCCGCAGUUUUCCAAGUUCGUCCAGGACCGGUUCGAGCAGGUUCCGCUGAUGGCCAACUUCCAGACGAUCGAGCAGUGCUCGCUGGAGUACACGCCCGAACGGGGAGCCUCGAUCGAUCCGCACAUCGACGACUGCUGGAUCUGGGGCGAACGGAUCGUGACGGUGAACCUGCUGAGCGAUUCCGUCCUGACCAUGUCCCGGUACAGUGCCGAAGGCAACGCAACCCGGUACAACCUGCACCUGGUGGAUCGCUACCAGGACAAACUGAUCACCGAGCUGGCGGACGAUGCCUCGAUGGAACGGUUCGAGAACGCAGUCGUACGGAUUCCGAUGCCCCGGCGAUCGCUGCUGGUGAUGUACGGACCACCGCGCUAUCAGUGGGAGCAUUGCGUGCUGCGGGAGGACAUCCGCGAGCGAAGGGUUUGCCUGGCGUAUCGGGAGUUUACGCCGAUGUAUCUGCAGGAGGGCAGUGAGUACGCAAAGAGUGAGGAGGUUUUCUGCAAGGCGCAGGCGUUUUGGGAUCAUUUACAGGAGGAGGUUCCGCCGGUUAACGGACAAGCGUGAAGGUUUGAAAACUUGGUGGUUUGAACUUUGCAAUAAAGUUUGGUGAAUGUGUAUUAUACAAAACAUUUAAAAAA